AUGCCUGUUUAUCAAGCAAGUGCAUUCAAGCCUGCAAAUAGUCGGUUCCAUUACAAGGACCCCCACAACGAUCAACCGGGUUGGUCCUGGGUCACAGUAUAUAUAGGUGAGAACUUCAACCUGGAAAGUAGUGCUGAAACCAUUAUGAUGUGUGUAAUCCAGAGCAUCAAGGAUAACGAAGCAGUCGUGACCACACAUGCAAUGCACGGCAUGGGAGCACGAUGUAUCUCGUUGCCAAUUAAGGAAACUGGACAAGACCUUGCAAUGUUCAUGGUAAUGGCGCAAGCCGUUGCCCUCUGGUGGUUCGAAAUGAUUUCCCUAGAGCGGGUCACUCUUGACUUGCACAUGAUCUUCCAGGCCCAGGAACCCCCUACGGACUCUGAUUACGAUUUGUUAGAUGUGCUCCCAUCUUGGAACAAGCCGGAAUACUCGUGUCUCAACCUUUGGGAUGAAGUUGUUCAGGAGCCGUAG